AUGGAUUUCAAAGUGGGCGGGGUUGGUCAGAGCCGUUGGUGGUGCAUAUGGGAUAAGGGAAGGCAGGACCGGCAUGAGGCCGGUUCAGUCAUGGGUCGUGGCCCCACCCCUGCGGCGCUUAAUUAUUGGGCUCUCUCUCACCUCAUCUCACCUCACCUCACCUCACUUCACCUCACUCUGUCACAACACCAAAAGAUGGUUGAUAUGGAGAGAACAGAAAUGGAGAAGUCAGAUUCAUGUGGGCAGGACAAUACUAAUAAUCCAGAAAGUUCUAUAUGGCUGGUAGAAAAUCUUGAAGAGAUGGACCAGAGCAUUAAGCAAAUGCUGAAGCUGAUCAAAGAAGAUGGUGAUUCUUUGCCAAGAACUGUUGAACAUUAUAGUCAGGGGAAGCCAGAGUUGAUUGAGGAAUUUUACCGGAUGUAUCGAUCACUGGCUGGGUGCUAUGUUCACUUGACAAAAGAAGCACAUAAGAUUAUGCCAUCUGUGAUUCCAGUGCAGGGAUUCGGAGAUUCUGAAUCCGGUUUUGACCAUGGCUCUCCUCUUAUGACUCCUGAUGCAAAGCUGAGUUUGCACAAAUCCGCUCAUCAAGUGGUUGAUUUAGAUAUAUCACCAAGCUCAGACGGUUCUAGCCCUGCUCUUUCUCUAAAGAAUGGCACUGAAUCAUCUUCCUCAUCAUCGUCAGGAUCCGAGUCAGAAUCUAUUAACUCCCCUGUCCGCAAUUACUUGGUUCCACCUCUGAAAGUUGAUUUCGACAGCCAGGGAUGGCAGCAGAAGAUUAUUGAGCUAGAAACUGAACUUUCAAGCGUGAAAGAGAAGCUGCAGAUGAGGGAGGCUGAUCUUGAACUUGAGCAAACACAGGUAUUGAAGCUGCAAAAACAGAUAGCUGAGUUGGAGAGUCGUGAAUCAGACAGAGAAAAUGAGAUUGCGAGAUUGAUUGCAGAUUUGGAAGUAACUAAAGAAAGGCUUAAGGGGUCAGACGACGAGAUUGUGAAGUUGAAGCAUGAACUCACACAUAGACUGUCUGAAGAGGCUCAUCAAAUGCAAGGUCAACUUCAGGUGGCUCAGGAAGAUAUAGCCAUUUUGGAAUCUCAACUUCACUCGGAGAGGAAGCAUGUUUUGGAGUUGCAGGAGAAUAUUGUGAGGUACAAUGCUGAUAUAUUUGGCCGUGAUCUUGAGGUGAUGGAAUUGAAGAGUGCAUUGCAUGAUGCCCAGGAACAAUUUUCUCUUGAGAAAGCAGACCUGCAAGCUGAUAUUUCAAGUUUGACAGAGAAGCAAACCAUUUUGGACACAAGACUUGAAGAAGGGAGUUUGAGAAACAAGAACUUAGAAGAUGAAAUAAGGCGAUGCGAAACUGAUAAGAUGGAAAUGGAAAGGAUGCAUGUUGCCCAAGAGAUGGCUUUGCAAGAUGAAAUAAGUGGGCUGAAGGUAGAAGUUGCUGAAAGAAAUGGACAUGUGGAAGCUGUGAAUAAAGACUUUGACAGGUUUAAACUUAAGUAUGACAUGCUAAUGGCAGAGAAAGAUGAGCUCAAUGCUAAGGUUCACACGGUUACAGCGAAUCUGAGUUCCCGUGACAAUCAAAUCCAGGAAAUGGAGGGGCAUCUGCGCCGGUUGAAUGCAGAACACGAGGAUAUGAUUGCUGGAUAUGAAAGUGCACGUAGACUAGUAGAUGAAUUGAAAUUGAGAGUGGAGGAGUUGCAGAAAGAGGUGGAUAGUCAGAGAGUUGCGAUCUCAGAUGGGGCUGAGCAGAAACGAGAGGCGAUACGACAGCUUUGCUUCUCACUGGAGCACUAUAGGAGUGGAUACAAAGAACUUCGUCAAGCAUUUCUUGGGCACGGGAGGCAAGCAGUUGCAGCUGCAUAA